GGUAUGAAAUGAGGUGCCUCAAUAGCAAAAGACAGGUUGAAAUAUAAGCUCAUGCAAUAUGUCAAAGCACGACAAAGAUAAUGUUGCUGUAAAUAAUUGUCACAUUUGUCCUAUUUUGAAACCUCGCUAAAGGGUAUGAAACGUCAGCUCGGGUAAAAUAUUUCAAAAUCCUUUGUAAAAUGAAAUAAAUCGGACGGUCUCCCAUACAUCAGAGGGCGCUAUAACUUCUCACGGACGCGCUUUCUUACUCGGCCUCCUUUUUUUAUUUUGAACACGAAACCGCCGCCGUUGUCCUGGCACUGAAGACAACAACUGUCAAAUCGUAGCGAAUUAAAGAAAUGGAUUAUCUAGACUUUUCAGAGGAGGAGAUCCAACAGCAAUUGGCUGCUCUUGGAUACAGUAGUAUUCCCAAACAAAGACUGCAGGAAUUCAAGCGAGAUCUAGAUCAGCUGAUUCGUCAUGAAAAGUCAAAAAGUCACAACUCCAGUGAGUGGACUUCCCCAACAUCUCACAGCAGCUCAAGCAAAAGUCCGCCUGCGCUGUUUAAAGAAAAAGUUCAGCUUGGGACCAACCAUAACUAUGUUUUUUCUGACACCAGCUCAGCAGGGCAACAGAGAGAGAUUUUCACCUCCACAUUUAAUGAGGACGAUUAUAGAGAAUCUGGUAUGAAUAACUACUAUGAUUCGUAUCUGCGGCACUCGGUAGCUCACAGACCCGCCCGGCCCUCAACAGCACCCAACAGGCUGGAGACUGAGGAAAGGCCCUCUGAAAUCUUUCACUCCGUUUUGGAUACUAGUGAAACGACAAGUCCUGACAGAGACAAUCGGGCUCAUUCAAAGCCUGUGAUUAAAAGGAAAGUGCUAAGGAAGCAUCAAGGGCAGUCUCAUGUCUGUGAUGAGUCUACACACAGUGAAGACUCUGGUGCAGUUAGUGAGCUGGAGGAACAAUUGGACCAGAUGAGGAUUGGUGCACAACAUGUACAAUAUGACUCGGAGUGUGAAGAAACAGGAAGUUACAGUGACAGAUCCAGCUCCGCAACAGAGGACCUGCCAAGGGCUUUCCGUGAAUACAUGAAAGGCAUGAAAAGAUCACACAGUGAGAGUGAUAUCCGAACUCGUCCAAAGUCAUUUAUACGGCCAGUUUUUGAUCAUCCUCACACAAGGAACUUAAAGAAAACUGAUCCAGUGGCUAAGUACUUCCAGUAUAAGCAGGACUGGGAGAUGUUUAAACCUCCAGGAGAAAAGAGCAGGAAGGAGCUGCACUGGGCCAUCAGGGAGCAACUUCUGUAUCAGCCACCACCAAGACCUCAGAAGAAGUACAUCCCCAACAAUUAUGUGGUUCCAACAGAGAAGAAACGAUCUGCACUUAGAUGGGAGAUCCGACAUGAUUUAGCACAUGGCAUUAUUCCACCAAAAAUCUCCUAUCCCUGACAUAAAGCAUGUUCCACUGGU